GACUGGACUCGCACAGAUGGACAUGCAACGGCAGGUGCAAAAGAGGCUAAUGCCACCAUGCAAAUUCCGAAGAGGCAAUGCCGACGCUGAUUGGACCCAGCCAGCAGCCGGAGGCCGGUGAUUGGUCGCCGUAAAAAGGACACAAUGAGGAGAAGCGAGCGCGUCGAACUACGACGGCAUGACGAUCUCGUGACGUGCCUUGGAGCCGCCUAUAAAGAGAAAGCGACAAGAGUACUUUAUCAAUGGAGUUGUAGACCGGAGAAAAGGGACUAAGAAUACGCAACACACCAUCAUUAAUCGUCUCGUUAAGUGUUGUUUUUAUCGUCAGUAGGCCGUUUAGGUUUUUUUUUUUUUUUUUUAAAAAUUUAAAAUUACAUUUCUGAGAAAAAGAUAGCGACAAUAUGAAGUACAUUAUUGGCAUUGGCGGGGUGACCAACGGCGGGAAAACCACGCUGACGAACCGCCUGGUGAAGGCUUUACCGAACUGCUGCGUGGUCCAUCAGGACGACUUCUUCAAGCCACAAGAUCAGAUAGAAGUCAGCGAGGACGGCUUUAAACAGUGGGAUGUUAUUACAGCCUUGGAUAUGGAGUCCAUGUUCAACACCAUCAAGGGAUGGGCCGAGAACCCAGUGAAGUUUGCCCGUUCCCACGGUGUCCAGGUGUCUCAAGCACUGGAGGAGGCCAGUUCGGAUGAUGGAUUCCACAUACUAAUUGUGGAGGGUUUUCUCCUCUACAACUAUAAGCCUUUACUUGAUGUGUAUGAUAAGUGCUACUAUAUCACCAUUCCAUAUGAAGAAUGCAAGGCAAGAAGAAGUACAAGGCAGUACACGGUACCAGACCCUCCUGGCUUGUUUGAUGGACAUGUCUGGCCAAUGUACCUGAAACACAGGAGAGAAAUGGAGAGCAGCUCCUUGCCUAUUGAAUACUUGGAUGGUUUGAAAACUAAAGAUGAGAUCUACAACCAGGUGUAUGAAGACAUCCAGAAUACACUGUUGAAUCGUUUAUAGGUAAAUGUAUCAGUAAAAAUAACAGUAUGCAUUUACAUGUUUAUUUGUAAACUUGUCCUGUCUAACAUGUUUUCUCUUGCUCUACAGCAGCCUGUGAAUCCUAGGAAGCCCCUGUAAAGAAUUGUAAAUAGUUUUUUUUUUUUUUCCCCAUUUUUGAGCAAGAAGGUAAUUUCUUUUAUAUGUAAACUUGUUUUGUAAAUAGUUUGAAGGAACAUUAACUUAUCAAAAUAAGUGAUAAAUGUGGCUUGUAUUUCAUAUGCAGAAUGAUAUGAAAUUGUGUCUUUUCAUGGAAUUUUAAAUGUACUGUUCUAGUAUUCUAAAUACUAGAAUUUUGCCUACAAUUUGUCUUUUAAUGCAGAGAAAUUGAAACUCCUUGGGAAAAAUCACACUUGUGCUGUCUUUCUUUAACUUUAUAACUAUAUGCAGAUAAGCCUGCAUAAAAAGUUGAAUAUGUAAACAUACAAGGUACAAUGCUAAAUAUUUUUAACUCUUCAGUGAACAUUUCUAGGUUAACUGCUUAUGCAGUUAAGAGUUCUGGAGACUCUGCCUCCAUGGGUGCUAGACUAGGAGAGGUACACUGGAUAGGGCAGUCCAUUACUGCACAGCCAUACACACUAUGGAAAUGUACUGUCACUAGUUUACAAAAUUUCUUUGGAUUGUGCUUGGAAGCUGGAGCGCCCUUGGAAAACCAGUGCUGACACAGGGAAAACAUAAGUACAAACUGAGCUAGUCAUGCCAGAACAGUCCAGCCACUGCUACCCCCAGCCCACUGAAGUUUCAGUAAGACUUCAACUACAUGAAACAAUUUAAAAUUGUCAUAAGCAGAACACUUUAAUUUAAAGUGAGCCUAGUAACUUAAUUGUCUUUACUCAGUUUACAUUUUUGCAUUAGUUUUAAAGUGUGAGCAUGAGCAAUAGAUGAGUGUCCUUUAGCAUACCUAUUUUGAAUUCUGUUGUGAAGUCAUUGUAUUGACUUCUUCCUUCAAUUAACAUGUGAGCAAUAUAUCAUGAUAAACCUUGUGUUG